GUUCAGGGUCAGAAAUGCCUUAUGUGGAUCGUCAGAAUCGCAUCUGUGGUUUCCUAGAUAUUGAAGAAAAUGAGAAUAGUGGGAAAUUCCUGCGGCGGUACUUCAUCCUGGACACACGAGAGGACAGCCUGGUGUGGUACAUGGACAACCCACAGAAUCUUCCCUCUGGAUCUCCACCUGUUGGAGUCAUUAAACUUACCUAUAUCUCAAAGGUUAGCGAUGCAACUAAGCUAAGGCCAAAGGCAGAAUUCUGUUUUGUUAUGAAUGCAGGGAUGAGAAAAUACUUUCUACAAGCCAAUGAUCAGCAGGACCUAGUUGAAUGGGUAAACGUUCUGAACAAAGCUACCAAAAUCACAGUACCAAAGCAGUCUGAUCCUCUCUGUCAGAUGGAUAAUGCAAAUCGUCAAGCUGAAAGCCCAGGUGGAAAGAAGCAAGUCUCCUACAGGACUGAAAUUGUUGGUGGUGUUCCUAUCAUUACACCUACCCAGAAAGAAGAAAUCAGUGAGUGCAGUGAGGGGGGUGACAGGAGUUACUUGAAACGGUCCCAAAGUCACCUUCCAUAUUUUACUGCUAAGCAUCCCCCAGAUAAUGCUAUUAUCAAAGCUGGCUACUGUGUAAAACAAGGAGCAGUGAUGAAGAACUGGAAGAGAAGAUACUUUCAGUUAGAUGAAAACACAAUAGGAUAUUUCAAGUCUGAACUGGAAAAGGAACCUCUCAGGGUUAUACCACUUAAGGAGGUCCAUAAAGUUCAAGAAUGCAAACAAAGUGAUAUAAUGAUGAGAGACAAUCUCUUUGAAAUUGUAACAACUUCUCGAACCUUUUAUGUACAGGCAGACAGCCCAGAAGACAUGCACAGCUGGAUAAAAGCAAUUUCUGGGGCCAUCGUAGCACAGCGGGGACCUGGAAGAUCAGCAGCUUCCAUGCGGCAGGCCAGAAGGCUGUCGAAUCCUUGUAUACAGAGGAGCAUACCGAGCCUGCUUCCGAGCCCAGCCAUGCUCUCCGUCCUGCCCUCCCAGCCCCCACACAUCCCACAGCCCCUCACGGCAGCCCUCUGGUCCCAAACCCUCACGCCAAACACCCUGCCCUGGAGAAGCGAGGAUUUCACGAGUCUUUUACCAAGGCCAAGCCAGGGAGCUACAAGAUCCCGGCUGUCGCUCCAAGAGAACCAGCUUCCAAAGUGACUGAACCCCAGGGGAGGAACGGCGCUCAGGAGGAGGGUCCUGGCCUGCUGGAUCUGGAUGAUGCCAGCCUCCCAGUUAGUGAUGUGUAGGGGUGGAGGCGUUGGGAGAACCAGCCCUUUGUUCGGUCCUCUGAUUUCCUCCUGCGGACUUCUAACCAAAGAAAAUGAUAGGAAAUGAGAA